UGUGGUCGAUGCGUUCGCCAGAGAUUGUUUGCCGCUAAUAAGAUCGUGGUCUCUGUUAGAGACUUUUGUGCAAGUAUUGAUUUUGGUCUUAGAUCAUUCUGGUUUUGAAUGCGCGGACAAAUUGGUCGAAGGUAGUUUUACUCAGUAAGUGUUGAUGGAAGUGGUCAAUCAGUGAGCUUCCUGCCCGGGAUGUUGGAGAAAUAGAACUGAAAAGCUGUCAGUGAUCGAUCGUACUCUAGGGAAAUGUGUAUUUCGGAGUUUGUCGUCUUAAAACCCUGGCUUUGAAGAUAAUGAUUGUGAAACAACAAGCCCUAGUGUCAUGAAGCUGGCCACACCUCGAAAGGCUGCCUGAAUCUAUUUAGUGAAUUGGCGGAAGAUGGAAAGCUGCAUGAGUAAUACAUUUCGGAAGUUGUGACGUGCGAUGAAAAGGGACUGUUUAAGGGCAUCGUCUGUGGGGAACGCUUUAAGAAUUUUUAUAAAUUCAUCUGUCAGGUUACAGUAAAAGAUGUACCUCAAUACUUAACACCAUUCGAAGGAGCUGGCCUGCGCCAAUUACUUCAAAACAUAAAAAAUUCUGGCUACAUAAAACCAACACCUGUUCUUAAAGCUUCAUUUGCUGGUAUUCUUGCCAAAAGAGAUCUAAUUGCUUGUGCUGUCACGGGCUCAGGCAAAACGGGAAUCCAAUUAAUUAACGCUGUGUAAUUUUGAAACCUUGAUCGUACUGACAUGAUUCAAAUGGUUCGGUAUGAACUGGGCGGCGUACUCGGUACCGGUUAUGAACAUAUUGUUAAAACAAGGUGUUGCUGGUGCCUCUCAUGCCAUGGGGCAAAAGCCAGAAGUUGUAAUUGUCGCACCCACUCGUGAAUUGGCCAUUCAAAUUCACCGUGAUGCAUGUAAAUUCUCCUACAAUUCUGUAUUACAGUCUGUGAUUAUAUAUGGAGGAACUGUCACGAGCCAUCAGUGGUCAAAUCUUCAAGCUAGGUGCAAUACUCUAGUCGCGACCGUGGAGUAUUUGACUUCACGGGUGUCAGGUUUUAAAUUUUGGACGAAGCUGAUCGAAAGAUUGAUAUGGGUAUCGGCCCCAGUGUUGAAAAAAUGGUCAACCAUCCAACGAAAGGAAUCCAUCGUGUUUGUAUGUUUUCGGCUACAUUCCCAGAUGAAGUACAAGCGCUGGCUGCGACUUACAUGGAAGACUACAUAUUCGUCAAAACAGGCAUUGUCGGUGGCACCAAUCCGGCUGUUGAACAGCUGUUUUUCCAGUGCUCGAAAAGAGAUGAGAGCUAAGCUGAUCGAAGUUUUACAAGAUCUCGGUGAUUCCAAGACUAUCGUUUUUGUCGACAGCAAAAAGGCGGGGGUUUUCGUCGCUGGAGUCUUGUGCAAUAACAAUUUACAAUCUACCAGCAUCCAUGGUGAUCGUCUUCAGAGUCAGCGUGAGCAAGCGCUUCGUGACGUCAAAAAUGGUAUUAGGAAUAUUCUCGCUCGUGGUCUAGAUAUUGUCGGCGUAAACUAUGUCGUAAAUGAUGACGAGCCAACUGAUAUUGAAGAGUAUGUUCAUCGUGUUGGUCGAAUGGGCCGCGUUGGAAAUGUUAGAAAAUCAAUAAGGUCUUAACGCUGGAAAGUUUGUGGCUUGGUUAACUAAGUCCAACGCCAAUGUACCGCCAUUUAUGCAAGCAAUGGUCUCAGGUGUGAGUGGAAUGGGAUACGACUUUAGCCCCCCUUCUACUCAUGGUGGUUUUGCUAGUCGAGAUAUGCGCUGGAUUUGCUGCCUUGCCCACUGAAGUUGAAGAGAGUUGGGAUUAACUUAAUGUAGGUUUGUUUUGGUUGGCUUAUUUUGGAGUAAAUCUAAAACCACAAUUUGUAUUCAAGAACAUUCUGGAACUUGCAAUGUCUGUUUGAAAAUUUGACAACCUGUUUAUUUUGCUAACCCAUUUACCUGAAUA